ACGCUGCAAGUUAGUUGCCGUUGACAUUUCUUAGCGCCCAAAGCUUACUUGUGUGCGGGAAUGCCUGGCUAUACUGGCGAACGGAUUAUUUAACGCGUCCGUAAAGAUGGCUUCGAUUGCGCAUCCAAAAUUGCAAAUUACGAAAAUUGCACUGUUAAAUUAGUUAGUUAUAUGAAAAUAAACGGAUUCGAAACGCAUUGAAAACGAAAAUAUAUUUAAAAAAAAAAAACGACCCGAAGAGUGCGUGAAGUUAAAAGCGGCUUGCCUAUAUAUAGAUAAUUCUAUAUAUAUGCACAUUUUGUUGCAAAUAGGUUAAUAUAUUUAAAUAUACGAUAUGGGCAACCAACCGGGUAAACUGCAGACGCCACAGAGUGGACGGCCCAAAAAGAAUGUGCAUUGGAAAUCUGCAGAACGGCCCUCUCCGCCGGGUCGUCCCAUAUUGACGCCGCUGGCGCUCUCCGAGCAGCAGCCCGAUGUGGUUAAUCUGCGCUGGGAACGCCCGCUGCUGGACGGUGGCUCGCCUAUUAUCGGCUAUACGGUGGAGCAGCGACGUGUGGGCUCGCCCCACUGGGUGCGUGCCACACCCACGCCCAUCUCCGGUUGCGAAAUUCAGAUCAGUGGCCUGGAGCCGGGCUGGCGCUACGAAUUUCGAUGCUUUGCCGAGAACAUUGUGGGUCGCUCGAAUGCCAGCGAGUUGUCCGAUCCGCUGACUGUGACCUUGCAGAGGAACGCAAUCAGUGUGCCCCGCUUUGUGGAAGAGCUGACGGACAUGGAUGCCGUCGAGGAUGAGCGGAUCGAGUUCCGCGUGCGAGUUCUGGGCGAACCGCCGCCAGAGAUCAAUUGGUUCAAGGAUGGCUACGAGAUCUUCAGCAGUCGUCGCACCAAAAUUGUCAAUGAGCUCGAUUGUAGUGUGCUGAUUAUACACCAGGUGGCGCUGACCGACGAGGGCGAGAUCAAGUGCUCGGCCACGAAUCGUGCGGGUCAUGUGGUCACCAAGUGUCGCCUGAAGGUGCAGGCACCGCCCAAGAUUCGUCUGCCGCGCACCUACGAGGAUGGCCUCAUCGUGGAGGCGGAGGAAGUGCUACGUUUAAAGGUGGGCGUGGCGGGACAGCCAGCCCCAGCCAUCACCUGGCUGCACGAGGGCGAGGUCAUAGUACCGGGCAGUCGUUUCGAGGUCACCAACACGGAGAAGAACUCGCUGCUGAAGAUCGACAACGUGCAGCGCGCAGAUCGGGGCGAGUAUAUGGUGCGAGCUUGGAAUAAGCUGGGCGAGGAUAUCGCCUCCUUCCUGGUCACCGUGACGGCCAGGCCGAAUCCGCCAGGUGCUCCACGCCUCAACAUGUCCUUUGGCAAGUCGGCCACGUUGUCGUGGACAGCUCCGCUGGACGAUGGCGGCUGCAAGAUCGGCAACUAUAUCGUGGAGUACUUUCGUAUUGGCUGGAACGUUUGGCUAAAGGCAGCCACCACACGGGCGCUGAGCACCACAUUGCACGAUCUGAUUGAGGGCUCCGAGUACAAGUUUCGCGUAAAGGCGGAGAAUCCAUACGGCUUGAGUGAGCCAUCGGAGGAGUCGGAGUUGCUCUUCAUACCCGAUCCGAAGCGUGGCAUCACCAAGCCCAAGUCGGCCACCAAAAUUGCUGGCGAUGAACGCAAUGACGCUGGGCAUAAGGAGAAGGACAAGGACAUAUCGAAGCCUGUGCCGCCGCGCCGCAAGACGCUGUCGCCGCCACGCCCACAAACGGAUGCGGCGACCAGCAUGUCCGCUUCGCCCAAGCAAUCGCCGCGUGGCUCGCGCAAGCCCACUCCACAGCUGGUGGACAGCGAGCAGCUGCGCCACGAGAUGUCCUACGGCACCUCCGACCAGGCGCUGAAAAUGAGCGUGCGCAAGAGCCCAUCGCUGAGCAGCGCCGACUCGGCUGCAGUGCAAACCAAAACCACCAAGCCCGACUCCAAUCCCAAGCUCAAUUUGUCGCUGAUAACAACAACAGCGCUGGCGGACAAGCCGGAGCCACAGUCCAAGCCACCCAAAUCACCCCCAGCUGCAGUGCCGCUGAAGCUCUUCAAUGUCAAGCCGAUGACUACCGCCAAGGACAAGUCACCUGGUCGCCCAGCACAGAAGUCGAAGCCGCAGACGCAGCCGCAGCCACUGCCGCAGCCUCCGAUAGCAGCACUGGAGCCUGCCUUGGAUUCGUCUCAGCGUCAGCCUGCUCCACUGCGAAAGAGUCCAACGCCGCCGCAGCCCAUCAAAUCGACGCCCGCCCUGCAGCGCAGCGCUGAGCCCGUCCAGCUGGGCGUCAAUCAGAAUGUGAGACGCUUCUCUGGUCACUCUCUGAGCCCGGCCAAGAAUGUGCCGGCUCUGGCAAUUGCCAUAGCCACCAGUGCCCACAUUGGUGAACCGCUGCCUACCAUAGAGAUCAGUGCCCCGCCUCCUGCCCAGCCUGAGCCACUUGUGCCGGCGACUCCCACAUCGGAGCCGACGCCACCAGUGAUAAAGGUGCGUCCACCGAAGCCAGCGGAUAAACACGACGAAGUCCAUACGAGCAAUGAGUUCAUGCUAGUGGUCUUCGACAAGAACAGCAAGGUCAAGGAUAAGGACAAGCAAGAUUCCUUUGAGCUGGAACUGGAGGACGCUAUACAGCCACCGCCGAUCUCCAUCUCUGCACCGGAUUUGGCCUUCUUGGAGUUCACCAACUUGCACACGACUUUCCCGCUGCGCCGCUCGGUCAGCUCCACGGAGCUCCUCUACGAACGUGCCAUGGCGCGUUUCUACGAAGCCGUGGAAUUGGAGCAAGCCUCCAAAUCAAAGGCGAAGACUGCAAAGGCCCAGGAGCCGGCAGCCAUAGCCGUGACCGCUCCGACCACGUUCCGCAAGCGCCUGGGCUCUAUGACGGAGGCGGAGCGUGCUUCCUUCGAGCGCCGCAGCGAGCUGAGACGUCAGUCGGCUGACAUGGUGCCCAUGGGACGUAAAUGGGAUUCACGGGAAAACGUAAACCUCGUUGAUUUAAAGAAUCUGACACGUGCCAACACGGAACAGCUGCUCAAUCUGCAGGCAAGAAACACUGAUAGUCGUGAACAGGAUCUGGAGGAUUACGACGAGGAUCGCACGGAGAGCACAGCCGAUGACAGUGAGGACUUGGACAUGGACGAGGAGCAUCAGCAGCAGCAGCAGGGCUUCGACCUGGGCACUGAUUAUACCGAGAGCACCGCCACCUCCGACCAGGACUCCAUUGAGAAAUUCAAAAUGCAGCUGAUGGCGCGAACUCACUCACCCAGUCCACGUGAUCUGGAGACGUAUCAUCCGCGCAACAUGGGCGCUGGCACCUUCACCCCCUAUCGUGCACCCACACCGGAGCAGGCAGCUGUGGUGCUCAAUCGACCAAUGCCUCUGCCCAGUCCGGACUUUGUGCCAAAGCCCAUAUUGAAACGGUCAUCCAAUGAGCACGUGGAGCUCACCCUUAGCCAGCCUAGCAGCCCGGAUGCACAGCAGCAGGAGCUGGGCAAUGGCGCUGUCAGCAGCCCUUCCACUCCUGCUGCAGCACCCAGUAAUUUGAAACUGGAUCUGGCCAAGGGCAUCAAGUCGUUUUUCAGCCGGGACAAGCGCUCGGCCACCGAGAAGAACACCGAGGCCAACGAGGAGAUCUCGAAUCCGCUGGAGAAGACCAACGCUGCUGUCAUCGCUGCGGAGCUGGAGACGAAACGCAAAAUAAAAGAGGAGGAGGAGCUGCGGCGCCAGGAGCAGGAACGACUGAUGCAGGAGGAGGCCCACGCAGCCGUGGAUCACUACAGCGACCUGGUGCGCCAGGUGAGCAGCACCCACAAGUACCACACGCCGCUCUACCUCGACCGAGAUGAACUGAAGCGAGCCGCUGCCCAAGCGGGGGAGGACGACGACGACGACGAUGGUGCCGCAGCGGAGCAUCAGCAGCGUCGAGCACGCAGUCCCGAUCAGGAUGAGCUGCUGCUGGCUCCGCCUACCGUCAGUCGGGAGCGACGUCUGUCCAUUUCAGAGCGGGAGCAGCUUGUGCAUGUGCGUGAUGCAGCCAGCAGACAUGCCAUGCACAAGGCGCCCGAAACACCUGCACAUGAGGAUCAGCGGCGGGAGGAGGAGCCGGAGUUUCCCACUGUGCUGGUGGUGCCGCCACCCAAGUCCAAGAACAAAAAAGACGCCGAGGAGUGCGCCGAGAGCGUGAUGAGCGAAAUAGUCGAGGCGCGUCCCGAUGCUCGUGGACGCACGCGUCUGGUGAAGGUCAAGCGUGUGAUCAAGCGCCGUGUGCCGUCCCGCACGCGCUCUCGCGACGUCUCGCUCAGCAGGCCACAGCAGCCGCUUGCUACCGGAGGUAGCUCGUUGUCCCAGGAACACAGCUCCCAAGCGGCAUUGCUGCUGUCUGCCGCGGAUCGUGAGCUGCUGGAGAAGGCAGCCAGCUUGGCGCUGCUGCAGUCCUGCUCCGAGGAGCAGGCGCAUGAGAAGGUGCGCUCCGCCUUGAGUUACUCCACGGAUCUGGUGCUCUUCCUCGUAGCCUGCUAUGUCUAUCUGUUCAAGGACGCACGCCUCGUCCUGCCCAUUUUGGCGCUGAUGAUCUAUCGCCAGCUGGGCGAGGCCGUGCGUGGCUACAUCCCCAGCUGGCUGCGACGCAAAGGCAACGAUGGCGGUGCCUGAGUCAGCCGAAUCUCCAGCUGCCCCCAGUUCAUCAUGCGUUUAUCAGUUAAGUUAGCUCUUAUCAAUCUAUCGACUUGUAUUUUAAGCUUAAGUCCCCCAAAAACUUCGGAUCUACUACGAAUUUCUUAUGGAUAACCCUGUAUACGUAUACGUUUACUUAUAUUAUAUAGUUAACCGAUCUUAGACUUGUUGCAGUUUGGUAUAGUUUUUGAUUAUGUGAAAUCGUCAAUGUCGUAUUUGUCCGAUUGAAAAGCUCUGUUAGCAUUAGAGGCUGGAAUUUGUGGUUCAUUUCUCUUGUGUCAUAUCAUCGUAUUGAGUAAACUAACUGUCUCAUGGAAAUAUUUAUAAAUAUAUAUAUUUAAUAAUAUGCUUGUCUGAUCGUCUGAUUUGCUUCCUAGCUCUCUUCCUAUUCCACUCUUAUCAUAGCUUUCAGAGAGCUCAAACUUACUAAAAAUAUAGAGCUACAAAGCUCGUCAUGAGAUUCUUUAUCCUGGCACCUAGACUACUUCUUUAUACAAACUAGAUCUUGGACAUAUUCUCUAUCGCUUCUUACAUGAUGUUUCCAGUUAAAUUGUUAAAAUGCAAUUUGUAUAAUAUAUUUAUAAUUUUCAUAUUAUUCAUAUUUGACCUCUAUUUUAUAGUCAGAUUAUAGCUAGCUGCUCGCCAAGCAUCGGUUUACUAUAUCUAUUAAAAUCACUCUACUUAGGCUGACUUUGUUAUGUGUUGUGGUACUCUCCCUCUCACUCAGUGCUCGCUGUUUAGGCCUAAUAGAUUAUAUUUUGUGUUUGUUUACGACUUAUUUAGUCGGUCUUUUCUGGAUUGUUGGUCAAUUAUUUAUUUGAGAAAUAAAGCACACAAAAACAAGAA